AUGGCGCCGGGAAUCGUUCUCAUCAGGGUGCUGCUGGCGUUUGUUGGCGGAGGAGUGAUGGUGAGGAUUAGAAAUAAUAUGAACAGAGCCCAGUAUGGGCGCCGAUACAUAUGGCUGCAGCCAGAAGUUCACACCAAAGAACAGAUCCUGGAGAUCCUCAUGUUGGAGCAGUUCCUGACCAUCCUGCCUGGGGAGAUCCAGAUGUGGGUGCGGAAACAGUGUCCAGGCAGCGGAGAGGAGGCAGUGACCCUAGUAGAGAGCUUGAAGGGAGACCCCCGGAGACUGUGGCAGUGGAUCAGCAUCCAAGUUCUAGGACAGGAAAUCUCAGAGAAGAUGGAAUCUCCAGGCUGCCAAGUGAGGGAGGCAGAGUCCCAUCAUGAAGUGGUGCCUCAAGAGGUGCGACAUCAAAGUUCAGCCUCAGAGCCUGCGGAGCAACUGAGUCAUGCCGUGAAAGAGGAAUCUGACGCUGAGCAAGAGUUAGUGAUGGCUGCCUCCCAGCUUCUUGCCCGACCUGAGGAGAGGCUCGUCAGAGACCAGGACUUUGGAGCCUCACUUCUCCAAGCAUCAUCUCAGGAGCAGUGGAGGCAUCUGGAUUCUACUCAAAAGGAAUACUACUGGGAUCUCAUGCUGGAGGCCUAUGGGAAAAUGGUCUCAGGAGACAUUUCCAGCCCCAAAUCUGACCUGGCUAAUUCAGCAGAGCAUGGACAGGAGCUGGCAAGACUUCACCUUGAUGCCGGGGAGAACAUCCCAAUGCCCACCUGCACAGGAGAUAGGCAGGAGAAUGACAAAGAGAAAGUGAACUUGGAACAUUAUAGGGACCAGGAACCUCCAAAUGUCUCCUGUGACAUCUCAGGAGAGGCCCCUUCUCAGGCUCCCGUAAGUGGCUUCUUCACUGGGGAUGAGCCAAGACACUUUGGAGAAGUGGCGCAGGGAAACCUUCAGGUAGAGGGGAGAGGGGAGCAGCACUCUCCUCAAGAAAGGAGUUCUGGGAAACAGCCAGGCCAGCAUGUGCUAAAUCCUCACCCAGGAGACCUGUCUGUGCUGUGGCUCAAGGAGAAGCCAGAGGCCCCCCAGAAAGGUCAGCUGAGACCUCCCAUGACCCAGAAGCUCCCUACCUGCACAGAGUGUGGGAAAACCUUUUACAGGAAUUCUCAGCUUGUGUUUCACCAGAGAACUCACACUGGAGAGAAGUAUUUUCAGUGCCACACCUGCAAAAAAGCCUUUCUGCGGAGUUCAGACUUUGUGAAGCAUCAGAGAAUCCACACAGGAGAGAAGCCUUGUAAAUGCAGUCACUGUGGGAAAGGCUUCAGUGACGUGUCUGGAUUGCGCCAUCACGAGAAAAUCCACACAGGAGAGAAACCAUAUAAAUGUUCCAGCUGUGAGAAAAGUUUCAUUCAGAAGUCAGACUUUAAUAGACAUCAGAGGGUCCACACGGGAGAGAAACCUUAUAAAUGCUCCCGAUGUGGGAAAAGAUUCAGUUGGAGCUCGAGCCUCGAUAAACAUCGAAAAUCCCACUUGGGGAAGAAGCCCUUUCAAUAGCAAGACUCUUUUAUCCCAUUUGUAUCUCUCAGUCCAAUUAAAAAUACUUAGCUUUUGGAAUCAUCUGCAGGAAUUACAUCUCUUGUAUUCCUAGUCUAUUUUCAUGGAUUGGAGAAGGGAGAACCUGUAGAUGGUUUUGAACUUGUAGGGUAGUUUGGGCUCCUGGACUGGAUUUCAUGCCAGCUUAAUUUCUUGCUUCUGCAUCAGAAGAAAGAAUUGUCUUCAUCUUUCAGCUCAUCACCUUGUUCAGAGUCUUCUUUUGGACCCCUUGGGAAAAAAAGUAUCAUUUGGAGAUGAGCUUUAGAGGUAUCAUCUGGGAAGAGUUUAACAGAGCAGCUGUUCUUCAUGGGAAGAACUUUGGAUCAGCCCUUUAGAGCUGGGAUUCCAGAACAUGUCUUCCUGAUAUAGAAGGGCAAGCAGAUAUAGAGGACUAGAGCAUUCUUGUGUGUUCUUUGACAUACGAGUGAAAAAUGAAGUGCCCUUGUUUUAAAUAAACUUAGUAGAGUCACUCCAUCUCAUUUGUGUCUGAAAUGUUCACUGUGUGUUGACUAUCACUCAACAUGCAUUUUCUCAUGGGAGAUCCCAAAUGGUCGUUGAGCUCCUAGUUGAGCCCAUACAGGCCUGUCAAGUUUAGAAUAGAGCAGAACGGUAAUAUGACAGUGCUAACCUAAAGGCCAGGUUGUGAGAGCUUGGCCAGUGCUAGGCACUGUGUUGUCUCAGGUCAGUCUGUCUUUCGUGCCCACUUGCUGGUGCCCCUCAAACUGCACCAAUUUGUCCUGACAUCCCGCUUAGAUGAUCAUUUUUGCUAAAGUGCUCUGUGCUUUAAAAUUAUCUUUAUUGCUUCAUUUUGUCU